GUCAAAAAAUUCAACACACCAGCAGUGUGAGGAGACCUGAAAGUGGCACAUGGCAUGGCAGAGUGUGGCGAUGGAGACAGCAGCAAUGGGAGGCCAUACAGGGACCCAUGAGAGACUCUGGACUUGGCAGCAGCAUGAGGAGGCGGUAUAUAGGGGCCCAUGGCAGAUUAGGGGCCUGGCAGCAGCUAUGGGAGGCCCGUAAUCUGCCAGCACCCUAUGUCAAAAAAUUCAACACACCAGCAGUGUGAGGAGACCUGAAAGUGGCACAUGGCAUGAGAGACUGUGGACCUGGCAGCAGCAUGAGGAGGCGGUAUAGGGGCCCAUGGCAGAUUAGGGGCCUGGCAGCAGCUAUG